GUCAAGAUGGCGGCCAAGGUGGCGAAGCAGCAGCAGCGGCGGCGGCGGCGGCGGCUGGAGUGAGCUCCCAGCUUGCCGCGCCGAGCGAGGUCCCGGGGUAGGGCCGCGCGCCGGGGCCGCGUCCUGCUGCUCAGGCCCGGGGGCGCGCCGGCUACCACGCUCCGCCAGCUCCUGGUGGUUUCCUAGAAACAUGAUUGUUUGUUGGACUUGAUCUCACAGCCUGGUGAGGACUUCUUUACUGAUAAUGUCAAGUUCAGGUUAUCCUCCCAACCAAGGAGCAUUCAGCACAGAACAAAGUCGUUAUCCUCCCCACUCUGUUCAGUACACCUUUCCCAGCACGCGUCACCAGCAGGAAUUUGCAGUCCCUGAUUAUCGUUCUUCUCAUCUCGAAGUCAGCCAGGCAUCACAGCUCCUGCAGCAGCAGCAGCUUCGCAGACGGCCCUCCCUGCUUUCAGAAUUUCACCCGGGUUCGGACAGGCCUCAAGAAAGGAGAACUGGAUAUGAACAGUUUCACCCAGGGCCGUCCCCCGUGGAUCAUGAUUCCCUGGAAUCCAAGCGACCACGUCUGGAGCAGGUUUCUGAUCCCCAUUUCCCGCGCGUCAGCGCCGCGGUUUUACCUGUCGUGCACACGCUGCCAGAAGGGUUGAGGUCUUCAGCAGACGCUAAGAAGGAUACAGCAUUUGGAGGCAAACAUGAAGCUCCAUCCUCUCCAAUCUCUGGGCAACCAUGUGGAGAUGAUCAGAAUGCUUCACCUUCAAAACUUUCAAAGGAAGAGUUAAUACAGAGUAUGGAUCGUGUAGAUCGAGAAAUUGCAAAAGUAGAACAGCAGAUCCUUAAACUGAAAAAGAAACAACAACAGCUCGAAGAAGAAGCAGCUAAACCUCCUGAGCCUGAGAAGCCUGUGUCCCCUCCUCCCGUGGAGCAGAAACACCGCAGUAUUGUCCAAAUUAUUUAUGAUGAGAAUCGGAAAAAAGCAGAAGAAGCUCAUAAAAUAUUUGAAGGUCUUGGCCCAAAAGUUGAACUGCCACUCUAUAACCAGCCAUCGGAUACCAAGGUGUAUCAUGAGAACAUCAAGACAAACCAGGUGAUGAGGAAAAAACUCAUUUUAUUUUUUAAAAGAAGAAAUCAUGCAAGAAAACAAAGGGAACAAAAAAUCUGCCAACGUUAUGAUCAGCUCAUGGAGGCAUGGGAGAAAAAAGUGGACAGAAUAGAAAAUAACCCCCGGAGGAAAGCUAAAGAAAGCAAAACAAGGGAAUACUAUGAAAAGCAGUUUCCAGAAAUUCGAAAACAAAGAGAACAACAAGAAAGAUUUCAGCGAGUUGGGCAGAGGGGAGCUGGUCUUUCAGCCACCAUUGCUAGGAGCGAGCAUGAGAUUUCUGAAAUUAUUGAUGGGCUCUCUGAGCAGGAGAAUAAUGAGAAACAAAUGCGGCAGCUCUCUGUGAUCCCGCCUAUGAUGUUUGAUGCAGAACAGAGACGGGUCAAGUUCAUCAACAUGAAUGGGCUCAUGGAGGACCCUAUGAAGGUUUAUAAAGAUAGGCAGUUUAUGAAUGUUUGGACUGACCACGAGAAGGAGAUCUUUAAGGACAAGUUUAUCCAGCAUCCAAAAAACUUUGGACUAAUUGCAUCCUACUUGGAAAGGAAGAGUGUUCCUGAUUGUGUUUUAUAUUACUACUUAACCAAGAAAAAUGAGAAUUAUAAAGCCUUAGUAAGAAGGAAUUAUGGAAAACGCAGAGGAAGAAACCAGCAAAUUGCCCGACCCUCACAAGAAGAAAAAGUAGAAGAAAAAGAAGAAGAUAAAGCAGAAAAAACAGAAAAAAAAGAAGAGGAAAAGAAAGAUGAAGAAGAAAAAGAUGAAAAGGAGGACUCUAAAGAAAAUGCCAAGGAAAAGGACAAGACGGAAGGUACAGCAGAAGAAACGGAGGAGAGAGAGCAGGCCACACCCCGGGGACGAAAGACCGCCAACAGUCAGGGCCGCAGAAAGGGCCGCAUCACCCGGUCCAUGACCAACGAAGCCGCGGCGGCCAGCGCUGCGGCUGCUGCGGCCACUGAGGAGCCCCCGCCGCCUCUGCCACCCCCACCAGAACCCAUUUCCACAGAGCCUGUAGAAACCUCUCGAUGGACAGAAGAAGAAAUGGAAGUCGCUAAAAAAGGUCUUGUAGAACAUGGUCGUAACUGGGCAGCAAUUGCCAAAAUGGUGGGGACUAAAAGUGAAGCACAGUGCAAAAACUUCUAUUUUAACUAUAAAAGGCGACAUAAUCUUGACAACCUUUUGCAACAGCAUAAACAGAAAACUUCACGGAAGCCCCGUGAAGAGCGAGACGUGUCCCAGUGUGAAAGUGUAGCUUCCACUGUUUCUGCUCAGGAGGAUGAAGAUAUUGAAGCUUCUAAUGAAGAAGAAAAUCCAGAAGACAGUGAAGUUGAAGCUGUCAAGCCCAGCGAGGGUAGCACUGACAAUGCGACUUCUCGAGGAAACGCUGCGCCUGGGGCUGAGCUCGAACCCAGCACAGAACCUGUACCCUGUGCGUCUCCCUCCUCAGCAGUGCAAAGUGCAAAACCAGUCGAAAGUGAAAGUGUGGAGACGCAGGUGAACGACAGCAUUGCGGUGGAGGCAGAGCCGAUGGACGUCGAACGGCAGGAGCACGGUGCUGAAGUGACUUCUGUUCUUGACCUCCCCACGCCUGCCAAAUCAGACUCUGUAGACGUUGAGAUGGGGGCGCCGGAAAGCAAUCCAUCCAGAGUCGAAGGUGAUACCAAAGAAGGAGACCUGGAGAGAGCCAGCACGAAGACAGAGCCUAGAGAUGAGGACAUGGUGGUGGCCCAGCAGAUAGGCGCCCAGAGGCCUGAGCCCCAGUCGGACAAUGACUCUAGUGCCACCUGCAGUGCGGAUGAAGAUGUGGAUGGAGAGCCCGAGAGGCAGAGAAUGUUUCCUAUGGACUCAAAGCCUUCAUUGUUGAACCCCCCUGGAUCUAUACUGGUCUCAUCCCCAAUAAAACCAAAUCCACUGGACUUGCCACAGCUUCAGCACAGAGCUGCUGUUAUCCCGCCAAUGGUUUCCUGUACCCCAUGUAAUAUACCGAUUGGAACCCCAGUGAGCGGGUAUGCCCUCUACCAGCGACACAUUAAAGCAAUGCAUGAGUCCGCACUCCUGGAAGAACAGCGGCAGAGGCAAGAACAGAUAGAUCUGGAAUGUAGAAGUUCUACAAGUCCCUGUGGCACCGCCAAGAGUCCAAACAGAGAGUGGGAAGUCCUGCAACCUGCUCCGCAUCAAGUGAUAACUAAUCUCCCUGAAGCGGUUCGGCUUCCGACAACUCGACCCACCAGGCCACCUCCUCCUCUCAUCCCAUCAUCCAAAACCACAGUGGCUUCAGAAAAACCAUCUUUUAUCCUGGGAGGCUCCAUCUCACAGGGAACACCUGGCACUUACUUGACUUCUCAUAAUCAGACUUCCUACGCUCAAGAAGCAGCUAAGCCCUCAGUCGGCUCUAUAUCUCUUGGACUGCCGCGGCAACAGGAAUCUGCCAAAUCAGCUACUGUGCCCUACAUCAAGCAGGAAGAAUUUUCUCCCCGAAGCCAAAACUCACAGCCUGAAGGUUUAUUGGUCAGGGCACAACAUGAAGGAGUGGUCAGAGGUACCACAGGAGCCAUUCAAGAAGGAAGUAUAACUCGGGGAACGCCAGCCAGCAAAAUUUCCGUGGAAGGCAUCCCAUCCCUGCGGGGCUCGAUCACUCAGGGUACCCCAGCCCUGUCACAGGCUGGCAUACCAACUGAGGCGUUGGUGAAGGGAUCCAUUUCUAGAAUGCCCAUUGAGGAGAGCAGUCCUGAGAAAGGCAGAGAGGAAGCUGCAUCCAAAGGUCAUGUUAUUUAUGAAGGCAAGAGUGGACACAUCUUAUCCUACGAUAAUAUUAAAAAUGCCCGAGAAGGGACGAGGAGUCCAAGAACAGCUCAUGAAAUCAGUUUAAAAAGAAGCUAUGAAUCAGUGGAAGGAAAUAUAAAGCAAGGGUUGUCGAUGAGGGAGUCUCCUGUUUCAGCACCGUUGGAGGGGCUGAUAUGCCGAGCAUUACCCAGGGGGAGCCCUCAUUCUGACCUCAAAGAAAGGACUGUGCUGUCUGGUUCCAUAAUGCAGGGCACACCAAGAGCAACAACGGACAGUUUCGAAGACGGUCUUAAGUACCCCAAACAGAUUAAAAGGGAGAGUCCUCCCAUGCGAGCAUUUGAAGGCGCCAUCACCAAAGGAAAACCAUAUGACGGCAUUACCACCAUCAAAGAAAUGGGGCGUUCCAUUCAUGAGAUUCCACGCCAAGAUAUUUUAACUCAGGAAAGCCGAAAAACUCCAGAAGUGGUCCAGAGCACAAGGCCAAUAAUCGAAGGUUCCAUCUCCCAGGGCACACCAAUAAAGUUUGACAGCAACUCAGGUCAAUCUGCCAUCAAACACAACGUCAAAUCCUUAAUCACGGGGCCUAACAAACUACCCCGUGGAAUGCCUCCACUGGAAAUCGUACCAGAGAACAUAAAAGUGGUAGAACGGGGAAAAUAUGAGGAUGUGAAAGCAGGCGAGCCAGUGCGUUCCCGACACACAUCGGUGGUAAGCUCUGGCCCCUCCGUCCUUAGGUCAACACUUCAUGAAGCUCCCAAAGCGCAGCUGAGCCCGGGGAUUUAUGACGACAGUAGUGCACGGCGGACCCCUGUGAGUUAUCAAAACACCAUGUCCAGAGGCUCGCCUAUGAUGAACAGAACUUCUGAUGUUACGAUUUCCUCUAGCAAGUCUACUAAUCAUGAAAGAAAAUCAACCCUGACCCCUACCCAGAGGGAAAGUAUACCAGCAAAGUCUCCAGUACCUGGGGUGGACCCUGUAGUAAGCCACAGCCCUUUUGAUCCCCACCAUAGGGGCAGCACCACAGGAGAGGUUUAUCGGAGCCAUCUUCCCACACAUUUGGAUCCAGCCAUGCCGUUUCACAGGGCUCUGGAUCCUGCAGCUGCUGCUUACCUGUUUCAGAGACAGCUCUCCCCAACCCCAGCGUACCCCAGUCAGUACCAGCUUUAUGCAAUGGAGAACACCAGACAGACAAUCCUCAAUGAUUACAUUACCUCACAGCAGAUGCAAGUGAAUCUGCGCCCGGAUGUGGCCAGAGGCCUCUCCCCACGGGAGCAGCAGCUGGGCCUCCCGUACCCAGCCACAAGGGGAAUCAUUGACCUGACCAACAUGCCUCCAGCGAUUUUAGUGCCUCAUCCCGGGGGCACGAGUACGCCUCCCAUGGACAGAAUCACUUAUAUUCCUGGCACACAGAUUACUUUCCCGCCCAGGCCGUACAACUCUGCAUCUGUGUCUCCAGGACACUCGACACACCUUGCAGCGGCUGCGAGUGCUGAGCGGGAGCGGGAGCGGGAACGGGAGAAGGAGCGGGAGCGGAUUGCCGCGGCCGCGUCCUCAGACCUCUACCUUCGGCCAGGCUCGGAACAGCCGGGUCGACCGGGCAGUCAUGGAUACGUCCGCUCCCCGUCCCCUUCAGUUAGAGCCCAGGAGACCAUGUUGCAGCAGAGACCCAGUGUGUUCCAAGGAACCAAUGGAACCAGUGUAAUCACACCUUUGGAUCCAAGUGCUCAGCUCCGAAUCAUGCCGCUGCCCGCUGGGGGCCCGUCGAUAAGCCAGGGCCUGCCGGCCUCCCGCUACAGUACCGCUGCGGACGCCCUGGCUGCCCUUGUGGACGCCGCAGCCUCUGCCCCCCAGAUGGAGGUUUCCAAAACCAAAGAGAGUAAGCAUGAAGCUUCCAGGUUAGAAGAAAAUUUGAGAAGCAGGUCAGCAGCAGUUAGUGAACAGCAGCAGCUAGAGCAGAAACCCCUGGAGGUGGAGAAGAGAUCUGUUCAGUGUCUGUACACUUCUGCAGCCUUUCCAAGUGGCAAGCCCCAGCCUCAUUCUUCAGUAGUUUAUUCUGAGGCUGGGAAAGAUAAAGGGCCUCCUCCAAAAUCCAGAUAUGAGGAAGAGCUAAGGACCCGAGGGAAGACUACCAUUACUGCAGCUAACUUCAUAGACGUGAUCAUCACCCGGCAAAUUGCCUCGGACAAGGAUGCAAGGGAACGUGGCUCUCAAAGUUCAGACUCUUCUAGUAGCUUAUCUUCUCAUCGGUAUGAAGCACCCGGCGAUGCUAUUGAGGUGAUCAGCCCUGCUAGUUCACCUGCGCCGCCCCAGGAGAAACUGCAGGCCUAUCAGCCAGAGGUGGUGAAGGCAAAUCAAGCAGAAAGUGAAGCCAGCAGACAGUACGAAGGGCCAUUACAUCACUACCGCCCCCAGCAGGAACCACUGUCUCCACAACAGCAACUGCCCGCCUCCUCACCGGCCGACGGUGUGGGGCAGGUGCCCAGGACCCACCGCCUGAUCACACUUGCUGAUCACAUCUGUCAAAUUAUCACACAAGAUUUUGCUAGAAAUCAAGUUUCCUCCCAGCCUCCCCAGCAGCCUCCCACUUCUACAUUCCAAAACUCGCCAUCUGCUUUGGUGCCCACACCUGUGAGGACUAAAACAUCCAAUCGUUAUAGCCCAGAAUCCCAGUCUCAGUCUGUCCACCAUCAAAGACCAGGGUCAAGGGUCUCUCCAGAAAAUCUUGUGGACAAAUCCAGGGGAAGUAGGCCUGGAAAAUCCCCAGAGAGGAGUCACGUCCCUUCCGAGUCCUACGAGCCCAUCUCCCCGCCCCAGGUCCCAGUUGUGCAUGAGAAACAGGACAGCAUGCUGCUACUGUCUCAGAGAGGAGCGGAGCCCGCAGAACAGAGGAAUGAUUCCCGCUCACCGGGGAGUAUAAGCUACUUGCCUUCGUUCUUCACCAAGCUUGAAAACACGUCACCCAUGGUUAAAUCAAAGAAGCAGGAGAUUUUUCGUAAGUUGAACUCCUCUGGUGGAGGUGACUCUGAUAUGGCAGCCGCUCAGCCGGGAACUGAGAUCUUUAAUCUGCCAGCGGUGACUGCCUCAGGCUCGGUUAGCUCUAGAGGUCAUUCUUUCGCUGAUCCCGCCAGUAAUCUUGGUCUGGAAGACAUUAUCAGGAAGGCUCUCAUGGGAAGCUUUGAUGACAAAGUGGAGGAGCACGGAGUUGUCAUGUCCCAGCCUGUGGGUGUGGUGCCUGGCGGCGCUAACACCUCCGUUGUGACCGGUGGUGAGACACGGAGAGAGGAAGGGGACCCGUCGCCUCAUUCAGGAGGAGUUUGCAAACCAAAGCUGAUCAGCAAGUCAAACAGCAGGAAAUCUAAAUCUCCUAUCCCUGGGCAAGGCUACUUAGGAACUGAGAGGCCCUCUUCCGUCUCCUCUGUACAUUCAGAAGGGGAUUACCACAGGCAGACGCCAGGGUGGGCCUGGGAAGACAGGCCCUCUUCAACAGGCUCAACUCAGUUUCCAUAUAACCCUCUGACUAUGCGGAUGCUCAGCAGUACGCCACCAACACCGAUCGCAUGUGCCCCCUCUUCCGUGAACCAAGCGGCCCCGCACCAACAGAACAGGAUGUGGGAGCGGGAGCCAGCCCCGCUGCUCUCCGCACAGUACGAGACGCUGUCCGAUAGUGACGACUGAACCGCCCAGGGAGGGGCUCUCGGUGGGGCCGGGGCGUGGGGCGGGCAGCUCUCGUUUCGGGAGGGUUUAUUUUUAACGGCGGGUCAAAAAACCUGUCCUCCUCUGACUUGUGCCCAGAGACUUUGAGAGCCUGGACCACGGGUGAUGAAGAAAUGAUGAAAAUUUAUUUGGAGAAUCAAAUGGGGGGAGGGGUGGGGGGGCUGCGUUUGCUCCAGGCAGUUCGGUGGAGUCCAAUAGUGGAGGGUUGAAAUGUAGAGUUUUUAAAAAGUGGACAAUUCCUGUUCUUACAUGUUUGUAAAGAAAACCAUAAUGUCUUUAAAUCACUCUUCUGUAAAUAGAUGACCUUUUUUGCAGUGUUUCCCCUUGCUGUAGUAUCUGGUGUACUUAAGUUCAAAUCAGCGCAUCAACUUUGGGGGUAAUUUUAAGAAAACAAACUCCGCACCUAUCUUUUUAACCCUUGCCUUCUAAACGACCUCAUACAGCCCAGUUACAUAAUGUUGGCUGUCACGGGCAUUGUACUUUUAUCCAGUUUUGUUUCCUCUAAAUUCAGAUUUCCGGUGAUGUUUCAAAUCUUGUGGAAAUGUUUAGAUUUUUCACACAGACCCUAGCAUAAAAUCUGUACAUUACGUUAUUAGGGUCAAAGGUAAGAGAAACUAAAUUCUGCCAUACUGUAAAUUUCCAGUGCAGGCUUUAAUUUUUUUCAAUUAGUAGCACUGAAAAAAUAUUACUGCAUGGGUAUGUUAUAGUUCAGUUUUUAAAGUUGAAAAAAAAAAAAGAGGCUUAUUUGAGGCAUCCCUCACUGUUAUGCACACUGGUGACUUAGCCACGCCCCUAAGUAUUCUUUUCCUUCUGCAUCUGAUGCAGCCCAACAGAGCUUUUGUUUUGAAAUAAAUUUGACUACCCUGUCCAUAGCCACAUAGAUCAUGUGUGAUUUAAGGCUCUUGAUGUCUCAGGUUUCAAAGGAAAAACUAGUAUCUUGUUUUUAGGUGGCUCGGUAUUGGCUGAGUUAGAAGGUAACGAUCUG